GGCGUUUGAGACCUCAAGCGGAGUUCAGCAAUCCAGCAAGAAUCAGAUGUGAAUAUCAAGUGAGCCCUAUUGUGUUCCGAAUGUGACACGGGCCCUACCGAAUCCAUCUGUUUUGGGACUCGUUGACCCCUGCAAUCAAAUCAAUGUUCAAUGAAUCCAGAACGAUGCAAAGCAAAAGUAUCAGCGCCGCUGGCUUGCACAGGAUGCCGCAAGCAACAUCUUAAAUGUGACGCCAAUAGACCAGCAUGUUCUCGUUGUGUGAAAACAGGGCUGGCUUGCCAUUACCUUCCAUCCCGGCGCGGAGGGCGCAGGAAAUCUUGCCUUACUAGGAUUACUCCAGAACAGGGAAGCGGCAUGAACGAUGGCCCUCGUUCUAUUGGUGAAAGUCAUCGAAGCUAUGGAUUACAGACUGAUAAUACUCCUAAUCGUCUGGAUUUCAAUGGCCCGCUUCCGACCAUACCUCAAGAUGAUAUACAACUAGUCCCAAGAUCUGAAAAUGUCGAUCACCGACGUGCUUCUGACGUUAUGUCGGUAUGGCCAGGCAUGGUUUCUGAUAAUUCUAUGGACCUACUGCAAUCAUCAGAUCCUCCCGAUGAACCGACGCCAGAUGACCGGUCCAUUCGGCUGUUUUACGAGAAUUUCCACACCGCCCAUCCAAUUCUAGUACCCAGUUCUCUAUACAACGCUCGCAAUUACCCCCUUUUUCUUCAACUUGUAGUAAAUUUCAUUGGAUCACACUAUUUGCCUGCUAGUCCAGACUUUGAUUACAAGGAGAGAGUAGCUGCUGAGCUCUCAUCAAGUGCGGAUCGAUCUCCAUACAUGGUUCAAGCUUUGUUAAUGUUUGCCAUCGCAUUGUAUGCUCGUGGUGAAGGAGCCGAUGCCCUAACCGUCCUCAAUCGAAGCAUUGGCUUAGCUCUGGAUCUAGGAAUGCACCGGCAAGAAUAUGCUUCAUCGUGUUAUCCUAAUCAGUCCAUCGAUGCGGAAAGUCUUAGAAGAACGUGGUGGGAACUAUAUAUUACUGAUGUCCUCAUGGCAGCACCUAGAAAAAAGCUCAAUUUUCAAUGUGCUAGUGUACCACACAAUGUCGCCCUUCCAUGUGAAGAGGCCAUUUACGCCAAUGGAGACUCGAUUCCUGAACCCCCCACGAUACGCGACUUUCAACAACGCGUUUUUGCAGAUGAAGAGGCCACAUUCUCUUCCUUUAGCUACCGUAUUGACGCAACAAAAAUUUUAAGCCGGAUUCUUGUCUUGAAUCGACUACGUGAUUGUCAUCGCGACCACCUUCAAGCGGUUGAAAACGCUCUCGUAAGCUGGGUCAAUCAUAUUCCCGCAAAGAAAGCCGACAUUAUGGACUCAUACGGAAAUGUGGACGAGAUGUUGUUUCAAGCUCACCUCACAAUAGCCUACGCCGCAAUGCUUCUACACCUUCCGCGAAGCGACUUGCAUCCGGCUCCGCCAUCAACCGAGAGUUUGUUUUAUCCCUGGGUGCCACAUCACUUGCCUCCAUCCUUCCCACGCCUUGUACAUAGUAUCAAAGCCACAGAAGCAUCUAAGCAACUUUCUGAUUUCAUCUCCAUUUGCCCCAUAAUCCAUCGCCAUACUCCGUUUACUGUUUCAGCCCUUGUGUUAUGCGGUAUGGUUCAACUGGCGACGUGCGCAAACCACUCAAAUGAGUGCUUGGACCAUCAUCGAAACCGUGUUAUUCUUGUUCUUGGCUGCUUGAAGAAUUUAAAACGAACUUGGGCUGUUGCAGAGCCCGCAUACCAUCAUGUCAGAUCCAGCGCAUUGCAGGUUGACAAGUUGACCACAGAGCCUUCGAACCCAUCUCUUGCUGCAGGAGAAACUCUUCCAAAUGAGGACGGAAAUCCUCAUAUGGGUAUGACCAGUGUGAAUGAACAACGUCCCAUUUCUCAACGCCUGACACCGACCUUUAUCGAUCCGACAUGCAGUAAUACAUUUUUCUUUAAUAGCAUCUCUGAUUUUGAUUUUACGUGAUUGUCUCAUACCAUGUUGUAUUGUAUAUGUAAUAUAGAAUUGACGAAGCUCAGAUUUGCUAUUACUCUAUUUUUAUUGCAUUCUAUUACUUCAUGUUAGUCAUGUGUCUCUCAUUUCUAGUGUAUGAUUGUUGCUUCGCCGACUACCAUUUCUAUUCUCGGUCAUUGACGCGGGCCCUCAAUCGGCGAACGACUAUUAUCUUAUUAUUAUCGCCGAUAGCUAUCAUGGCCGAACGACGUCCUAUCAAGCCCUUAUCACAACACGACAACUGAUUGA